AUGAGCGAGGAAAACGUAGAAAAUGAGUAUAAGGUGAGUGAUGAGGGAAGCGAGAUUUCUGGAAAAACCCCCCAAGGAUAUUCAGGUGUACACAGAACGAUGGUUUAUUCUGCUGGCAACUGCCACUCUCAUCUGGUCUAAUAUUAUGGUAAUAGCUAUUGCCGCCGCAGAAAUCUGGCAAUCUCGCUCUGAGGUAGAGCGUCAUUGCCAGAGUUCUAAUAUCAUCUGAACAUUGACUUCUGCUAUUGUAGCAAUGGGUAGCGUUCUCUGCACAAAUCGACCAGACCAACAUGUUCUUCUGUGGUCCCGAUGGCUUCUCCGAUUGUACUGCCGCAUUCCUUUCCAAUCAAAUCUACCAAGUAACCACCCACCCCACUCGUUUUGACUCUCUGUCUUGUAAGUGCACACAGCUUCAUUACAGAUCGUUGCAGUAAUAGUCAGCAUAAUAGGAAUGUAUUUUGCAACUGUAUUCGGGACUCUACCCACUGUAAUUCAUUUGUUAGCCUGUCACCCGGAUAUUUCCGAUUUGCAGCUCCGACUAGCCGCGGUUUUCAAUAUUGUCGGCUCCGCGAUCCGUCUCGUCUCUUCCAUUCCUUCCCUUCAGAACUUUGUUAUCCGACAGACUCUAAUGCUAAUCGGAACGAGCGUUUCGGCUGCUGCUCAGAUGUACUUUGUAGUUUUCUCAAAAAUCGCGGAAAGUUGGUUCUUCCCAAUGCACAGGGCUUCUGCAAAUGUUGCUUGCUCAAACAGUAGGUCACACGCCAUAAUGCAAAUUGAGCAAGAGUUCAUAGGUCUCGAGCUCGGAGUCGUUCUCGGUACCUUCCUUCCGUCAAUCAUCGUCCCUUCUACUUUUAGCGCAGACAUCGUAACUCCUGGAGUUUCUUCUUCAUGGUAACCAUCGUUCCAUAGCUUCCCGUUCUAAUUAUCACUACCAGAACUCGAUCGUCUCAGUUUUCUGUCUGCUUCCCCUCUUCCUUCUUUUCGUUCUCUGCCGCCGAUCCGUUCCGAAGACGCCUCCAUCCGCGUCUUCCCAGCACGAAUCCAACAUUUCCGUGACCAGCGGAAUCUUGAAAUGUUUCAAGUAAGCGCCUCCUCGUCUCUCCUCACAUCUCUCUCACAGGGAUCCUCAGUUUCUGGUACAAAUCGUGGUGUACUCAAUCAACUUUGCAAUUGCCAACGGUCUUAUUUACACUUCAAAUGCCAUCAACUACCAGGGAUAUAACUUGAAGGGGUAAACUGUGAAAGUGAGCAAGUAUGAAAACCUAUAAUAUCUUAGGUAUCCGAUCGCCAUCGCGACACUUGUUUGUAUGUUUUCUGCGUAUUUUGUCGGAGUGAUUGCUGAUCGGACAAGGAAAUUUAGAGUUUAGAUUUAGAACAGUUCCAACUUAAAUGUCACCUGUGUUUUUAAGGCAAUCGCGCUGAUCAACGUUUGUGUGAUCGCAGUGUCCGUACUUUUUCUCAGAUUAGUAAGUGAUCACGUGGUGGAUUGUACUACACAUAAGUUACUGUACCCAAGUUUUUCAGUACCUCAUAAAGGCCUACUCCGGAUGGUACGAUUCAGUAAUUGUUUGCACGCUUCUGAGCAUCAUCAGUAAGUUGCCCACUUCUUCUUCAACUUCUUUGCCUUUGAGUGUCUUGCUGUGCAAUCCACAUUCCGAUCGGAAAUGAGAUGGGCGUGGAGACGACGUAUCCCGUGCAAGAAUCUAUUUCCACUGGCGUUCUCAACACUUUUGGGUCUCAUUUCAAUUAUUUCAUCAUCACUUUUCAAAGCAUUUUACAGACAAACGUGGCUUUUUUCGCUCUACUUUAUCCUUUACGCGCUUCAAGACUCUCACUGGAUUUACAAGAGCUCCGGAAAAGGUGGCAGUUGGCAGUGUAAGUAGCUCUCAAUAGUUUUCCCAUGUAAUCGAUGUUCACUUCAGUGUCAUUGGACUUCUGGGUCGCCGUUUCUGUGCUGAACGCGUUCAUCGCUCUCCUGUUUCUCAAACCUCGAUACAACCGACUUCAGAUGGAAGAAGAAGCGAAAGCGACGGAGGAAUCGAUUCGGGAGUCUGCAAUCACUAUCUGUAAAUAUUGAGAACUCGUGUUUGUAAAUAAAUUUGGAACAAAUUUACCCGGGGUCUCUUCAGUUUUUUGGAAUGAAAAAGCAACGGAGGAAAGGAGCAUAUGAUCGGUCAUCAAUCACUAGGCUAAUCGAUUAUCUGGCUGGCUCCGAGGAAGAGAGAAUCAUCCAGAACACAAUCCGUCUCUCAUCUCCCUAUCUCUUUCGCAGCGCUUUUCAUCCCUCACCUCCGAAUGUUCCCCUCUUCUUUCCUAAUCUACCCACUAUUCCUCACGAUUGUACUUGCUCAAUUUCCGAACAAUGAUUCCAUCGUGCAUCGUAAGUGCCGCCCGUCGUUCGAAUGAAUUCGACGUCUGAUUCAGAUGACGGACGUCUGUGGGAUGUGGUCAUUGAGACGUGCGACAAGGACGGAGCAGGCACCGACGCGGCCGCCUAUCUGAAAAUAUUCUACGAGUCGGGACACGAUUCGGAGACUUUCCACCUGGAUAAUCCGGGAAGAAACGAUUUUGAGCAAGGCUCGCGGGAUCACUUCAAGAUCUUCUUCAAGCAGUCGGACAUUGUCAACAUGGGACUUUUCUGGUGGCCGGGUUUCAGUCUCAGCCAGUCUUGGUGUGUCAAUUGGGUGAGUUAGAUAGGAGCACUCAUGUAUUCCAUUUCACACUUACAGGUUCUUCUUCUGAACUCUGACACCGAAGCGUGUUUCGAGGGCAUCUUCGACAAGUGGAUCCUUCAUUACAGGUUCGGAAAAGGUGUCCACGGCCCGGCUUUUCAUACAUGGGACUUUCGGUUUUUUCAAUAUAUCUUCAAAAAUCGACCAUAGGGACCUCUGAUUUUUUGAUAAGAGUUCAAUUUUACUGGGUUCUUCAAAAUGGACCAGGUCAGAGGUAAAUGUAAGGUUUCUGAGAGAAGUUACAGCUUCACAAUUUCCACUCCUCCGUAUGUCUUGCCGGUCCGUGGUGUCACUUUACUGUAAAGUAACAAAUUCAUUUGCAGAGACCCUCCAACGUACGCAACUAAAUUCCAUCGUCUUCGGUACGCGGACUGUGUCCGUCCGGGUCCCUCAUCUGCCGAACGACGGAGCUAUCUGCGAUACGACGACAUCGUCAGAAACAGCGGGGGGACUGCGGCGGACGACAAGAACGACGACGACGAAUGA